ACAUCCCCCAGCUUCUCCUGUCGAGCCUCCAUCGACAGAUAGCGUGUCUUAAAACGACAUUAUUUCGUGUUCUUAGCGUUACUGGCGUCAAAUUGUGGAUCUGAGCCGAGGAUAUCUCUCCGAUCCAGCGGGUUAGACGGCCCGGUAGAUGCUGCUAGAGUGUAUGAUGAACGGACACGCUAUUUUAUACACGGGGAUCACUGUGGCCUUCUGGAGCACCAUACUAAUCGUCGGUCUCUGCUACACCAUAUUUGACCUCGGUUUCCGCUUCGACAUAGCAUGGUUCCUGUUGGAGACCUCACCUUUCAUGUGGGCCAAUCUGGGCAUUGGCUUGGCCAUCUCUCUGUCUGUGGUGGGAGCAGCCUGGGGGAUCUACAUCACUGGCUCUAGCAUCCUUGGUGGUGGAGUCAAGGCUCCACGAAUCAAAACCAAGAAUUUGGUUAGCAUCAUCUUCUGUGAAGCAGUGGCGAUCUACGGCAUUAUCAUGGCCAUUGUAAUCAGCAACAUGGCAGAGAACUUCAGUGGAACAACCCCUGAGACCAUCGGGGCCAGAAACUACCAAGCUGGUUACUCCAUGUUCGGAGCCGGUCUGACUGUCGGCUUCUCCAACCUCUUCUGUGGCAUCUGCGUUGGCAUCGUGGGCAGCGGAGCCGCUUUGGCCGACGCCCAGAACGCCAACCUCUUCGUGAAGAUCCUCAUUGUGGAGAUCUUUGGCAGCGCUAUCGGCCUGUUUGGCGUCAUCGUAGCCAUUCUGCAGACAUCGAAAGUAAAGAUGGGUGACUAGAAGAUGCAUUCGGGCGCUGAGAAUAUAAAAAAGAAAAAGAUACUGCUGGAAAACAAGACGGAUUAUUGUGUAAAUACAACGUAAAUUAUUUAAAUGUCUCUAUUUGCCUGGUGUUGUUUUUAACCCAUCAUUUAUGCAAGAGUGGUACGUGCACAUGAAUGUUGAAUAGGAGACGUGUUGGGGGGGGUGGGGUAUAGGAUGCCAUUGUUUGAUGUGCAUGUCCAGAUUACACCAGUGAAUAUUCGGUGCAUUUUGAUGAGACUGUUUAUGAAUUGUAGGAUUUUGGAUCUGUUCCCCGACGCCUCUCGUCUUGAGGGGCGAGUCGCAGCUUUACCAAAUGGAUUGAAUCGCUCUCACAGCGUACAGAUGGGUUGAUGACGUGCUUUCCUCUCACCACUCUUGGAUACAUUAUGAGUUUAAAAAUGACACUGGAGAAUUUGAAAAUAUUUCUGUGUGAAUGCUGGACAAGUGAUUUUCCUUCUUUCUUUCAUGUGAAGCAUGAGGGUGUUGGCCAUUGUGGUUAUUACUGUAGCCUGGUCUGUCAGUUAUUUGUCGUUUCUUCUUUUUGUAACUCUCCUGCUACUAAUGAGCAAGUGGUCCUUAAUCCACGCAGUGGCCCCAAUACAGUAUUUAUUAUUUUGUAGGCCUCCCGCUGUAGAAGUGAGAUCUGGAAUCGGCAGUAAGGUCCCAGGAGGCCAGAUGGAGCCGGAUCACGGCAGCAGAACGGCUCUCGAUGUCGUUUACUUCCUCAAAACGUUAUGAAGCUGCGGUAUCUACGUUUGAAACCAGCGAGCCUCGUGUACACAGCUGCCGGCCAUCACUCCCUUGUUCACCCCCAUGAGUCUCUAUUUUGUUUGUUUUUAACCAGGUUCCUUUUCAGUGGUUUUUAACGAGGGAGGUGUGACCAUGGAAGUGGAUUGUUCAGUGUUGACUGGAAGGAAGCCAAAUGAUUCUGGAUAGACAAAAUACUUCCCCCGUUUCUUUUUUUUUUCCUUUUCUUUUUAGUUUAAGUCAAAAUUGCUUUCCUCUUUCUCAAGUCACGAUUCAACCUUAAACGAUCUUGGACAGGAAAGAGUAUUAUUUGAGAGAGCACCUCUGUUACUAGUAUUACCUUUACACCCAGUACUAGUGGACAUUACCUGUAGCCUCGCCAGGAGGUCUGUAGGGGUAAUGCGUCUGUAUAGACUGGCGCUCUAACUUUGAUUUUAUGUUACCUCAGGUGGGCUGGCAUCGAGAAAGCACACGGGCUCAAUUACAUAAUCAAACAACUUCAUGCAGGCUUUUAAAAAUAUCCUUAUUUUACACAGAAAUUCUACAAAUCCUCACUUUAUUUUUUAUGAAACUCGUUUUGAAUGUACGUCUUAACAUGUUGGCUGUACAAAUCUGCGUUCCCAAUUUUUUCUAACAUUCCUCAACAGCUUAUCGUGUGUGUGUGUAUAAAGCCGAGUUGUAUUUGUGGGUAGAGUGCAAUUUGAAUGGUAAAAUUUGACUUCUGCUGAAUCACAACAAAGCCCUCAUUGAUCCAUGUCCUUUUUUCUUUCUUAUUAACCGGUAACUUUGCUUUGAUGCCGACUCCGUAAAUUCGUCUAAAUGGAGACUUUCUUUUCUGACCCUCACGUUGGUUUCGGCUUGUAUGAACAAAGGUUUUUCUGUUGAUGCUUCAUUUCACACGUUAAGACAACAGCCAAGUUGUGAAUUGUCUCAAAUCUUCUCUAAUGUGUCCCCUUAAAGCCGCUAGUGGACUACACACAUUGAAUCUUAACAAAGGGAAACUGGAAGGUCUUUAUCGAGUCUCGACCUCCCAAAGGUGUCGAAGCAGCACGAUGGCCUUUGCCCUUAAGAUGGUUUUAUAAUUAAACCGAGAUGUAGCUCCAGCCUUCCUUUGGCAAACCAGGCUCCGUACCAAACCCAUGCAGGCGUUCAGUAAGUGUAGUUGGUACCGUGUGUGACUUCUGUUGAUGUGGUGGUGAUCAGAAAAAUAAACUCAUUGUUUUUUGACAUUGUGUAUAUGAUGAUAAAAAAAAAAAAUGGAUCUUCCUUCUGGCUUCAUAAAUGUCCUUGAGAAAAUAAAAUUAUCCAAUCAAGA